AUGGACGAAUACACUAUUGAAUAUAUCCUCGAGGCUAAGCGCCUGUCUGCGACGGACGGUAUCCCCUUCUCAGGCCAAUUACCCCCAGAGAAAAAGAAUUAUGCUCAAUACGAGUAUAAAAUCAAAUCACUCCUAAUCGACUACGCGACUGCGGAUGAACCUGCUACGCUAGGAGUACGUAAUGGUCUUCGAUGGAAAAUGAUGUAUAAAGUCUUCGACUUCCCUCCCCCCCUCCACCUCCUUCAAGCUGCGGCCAAGACACAAUUACCGAGCGCAGAAGUCGAACAGAUGUCAACAUUACCGAACUUGUUGCAGAGGGUCUUCACCAAGGUGGUGCAGCAAUCCUCAAGCCGAAACGGUCUCUCCCGGGACGAAACCGGGCUCAUCCUGACCGUCUGGAUGACGGUGCAGCUAAUCCUGUGGCUGCGGCCCGGGCUGGAUCUCAGGAUGCCUGUCUACUUCAUUUUCGGUCAUGGCAGCGGAUCACUACAUACCGCCUGGCUGCUGGAGAUCCUGAACGCCCGCACGGCCCUCGAUGAGGACGUCCCGUCUGUCGUGGACCCAAGUGGCCUUCCGUCCGCCCCAGGUGAACUGCGAUUCAAACACCCAACAGUCGAUGGUGCUGAAGUCGUGAUCUCCGUCAUGUCAAGGUCUGGGGCGAGCCAUGGGGCGAGCGACGAGGCAGAGUGA